AUGGAGAAGGGGCUCGUGUUGAGACAGCACUUCUUCGGUGCCGACAGCAAUGAAGUGUGGGCUUCGUGUCGAACCGUGGGCGAAAUGUGCAACCUGCUGGCCAUGACCUACCUGCAACAGGAGGAGUUCCGCGUGGUGCUCGAGCUGUUGAAGAAGGCAGAAAUUCUGACGGAGCGACACCCGGCAGGACGAGCUGUGACGCUGAAUAACCUGGCGUGCUACUAUCGUCGACAGGGAAAUCUGCACAAGGCACUUACAUAUUUGAAUGAGGCGCUCAAGAUUGAGUCGCGACUCGAUAACCUACCAAACAAAGCGGACACGCACCUCAAUAUGUGCGCAGUGCUCUCGCAGCUCGGCAAGCAUCAGAGCGCGCUGGGCCAUGCACAGUCGGCACUUAUCUUCCUACACGAGGAACUGCAUUUAGGUCGAGCAGGGAAUGGCGGAUCAAGCCCAGCACGCAAAGGCUUCGGUGGGAAAUCUGGGGACCACGUUGACCCGAGCAUCAAGCUGGAUCGUGUUGCAGUUCUGGGCAUUGCCUACCACAAUGUCGGUGUCGAGCAGGAGUUUCUCAAGUGCUGGGAUCUUAGCCUGCAGUCCUACAAGAAAGGCAUGGAGAUCACAUCGACGUAUCUCGGUGAGUCGCACGGUAUUGUAAUCACGUUGCAGAACUCGUUACUCAGUGCGAAGCGCAACAUGGCCAGCAAGAUUCGCACAGCCGGGACCCGUGGGGACGGCAUCUCCCUUCCCAAUAUCAACAAUUCUCGGAGCGGUGGCAAGUCUGCUGGUAUCAAGACGCUUGUGAGUCAAAAGGGGAAGGCGAAAAAGGUCAUCCGAUCAAAGGACGAGUCGCCCACCAAGCUCCCGCUGGCGUACAGCAACAAUGGUAGCAGUAGCACGCGCUUUUAG